GUGGGUUUUCGCAUCCGAGCUAGUCAGAUCUGCCAGGAACUUUGCGUGUGCGUUGACGACCUCGGAGUUGUAAAACACGGCGCUGUGCUCCCUUUAUUUGCCGGCGGCCAGCGCGACUCCUGGCGUCUUGGAGGGGUAUAUUGCAAGAUAGUCGUCUCUGAGAUCGCUCAUGAUUCUGAGUGCUCAUGAUUCUGAGUGUGUGCUUUGCACCUCGAUUCGUCUCAGAUUACCAGGCUGUGACCUGCAAAUCAUUUCGCCGGUCUGCAAUGCUGCGCCCGGGUUCGCGCAAUCGGCAGGGACAUAUAGCCGGAAUUCGGCUUCCCGUAGUGGGGUGAAGCGCCUCAACAUCGCGUCCCGGUCGAGCAUCAGCGCGGUUUCUUGAGCAUCACAUCACCUCCGACCUUGGCAAGGGCACCCAAAAGACGAAACAUCCCCGAACCAGGCCAGUAAAGGCAAUGAUGAGACCCCCGACGGCUCCAAUGUUAACACUGCCGUUCCUCCUCGCGGUGUACCUAGCCUCCGCGCAGCAGGUCCCCAACUCCACCAGCGGCUGCGCCGAGGAGUCCGCCGCGCAGCCGUCGUGGAACAUAGCGGACUGGACGGCAGAUUUCAGCGACGUGGAGAACACGGGCGGCAGCGUCAUCUUCGAGCUGCGCAACAACGCGGCCAACUAUACGACGCUGUGCUUCCAACGCGGCGCGCUGAGCCAGUGCUUCUGGGUCGCGGGCACCGACAGCGACGCCGCCGAAACCUACUUCGCCUUCAACCCGGCCACGUACCGGCUCGGCAUCAACCAGACGUGGGCGUGUCCUGGGGCGGCUGCCGCUGCCGCUGCCGCUGCUAACGGUUCAGACCCAACACGGUAA